CCCCUUUUAUUCCGGUUUUUAUUUUUUCUUUUCGAUUUUUUUUUUUUUUUAAAGCGCAGGUCGGCGCUCGCAUCCCAAUCCCUCCCUCCUCAAGUCACCUACCCUCGUCAAAUCUGAAUUUAUAAAUCCUUCAAUGGCCUCCUGCCUUGCCUCUGGCAUUGUUGAAACCCGCGUCGACUACAUUUACAUUGUUGCUUGGAAGGGUGCCGCAUCUCAAUAAGUUUUCAAUCAAAGCUUAAGAGUUACGUUUCUUUUUUUUCCUUCUUGUUAAGUUUAUUGAUUUUUAAUUCCCCCCCCCCCAACUUCCGGUCUUCCUUUCUUUUUUUCUUUCGUGCGUUCUUUUCGACACCUUUCCGUUUGAUUCUACCCUGUUUAUUUUUUAUCUCUCCACCAAACCGCGACGAUUUUUUUUUCGACUUUUUCGACUCUCUCCUACAUUCUUUUUCUUCUUCUUCUUUUUUGGCACCCUUCCGAGCGCAACAAACAAUGUCAAACUCGUUCGACUUCCUGUCCAACCUGUACUCGACCGGGCUCAACCCUUACACUGCCGUUCCUUUGCCUAUGCCUCACAAGGCGUUCGUCCCGCUCGAUGCUGCCGACCUGCACUCUGCCGUCGCGCUUGCCCCCGAUGCCUCUGCCAACGAUCUGCUGCUUGCCCUCCUCUUCCGCGACCAGCAGCAGCAGCAAGCCAUGUACUUGCAGCAACUGGUGCAGGCCCAAGCCCUCCAGCAGCGUCAAGUCCAGCGCCUCCAAGCGCCAGCACUGCCCAACUGGUCUGAGAUGCUCGCAUUGGUGGACCAGUCCAUCGCCGAUGUGCAGGCAGCUGUUUACUCCCGUCGCGUGUCUGACACGACGUCGCUCAGCUCGGGCGCUUCCCCUUCUUCGAGCAGCAGCAGCGAGCACAGCUUCCCCUUUCUGGACGACGCCGAGACUCUGUCCUCCGGUGCUCAAACGCCCCUGUCGCCCAGUACCAGCGUGUCAAACUCGACCUCUGGCCCAGCCUCCCCGUCAGACGAGACGCCCGUUCCCAAAAAGAAGGCCGCUCGCUCCCCGUCCGAUGCGGCUGCUCAGCCGUCGACCAAGAUUGCCGCCGUCACGGACAGCCAAGGCAACCAGAUGAUCUGCUCCAACUGCGCCACAACCCACACGACGCUUUGGCGCCGUGGCGAGACUGGCAUUGUCUGCAACGCGUGCGGCUUGUACUUUAAGCUGCACGGCGAAGUCCGCCCCAUCAAGCUGCGCAAGGACACCAUCCACUCUCGCAAGCGCAGCAAGCGCAGCAGCGAUGAUGAAGACGCCAGCGCUGUGCCAGUCGUGAACGCUGGCCGCAUUCGCAAGCGGGCCCCAAAAGUCGCAGUCGCUCCCAACAUGGCGGAUGCAGUGAUUUCUGUUGCCACUGCGCUGCCGGCUCUUCCCCAAGCCCAGACGUGUGAUGCUGGCGAUGUGAACCAACAAAUUGCGCGUCUGAUAAUGAUGCCAGAGUACUUCACCGCCGCCCCCGUCGAGUUUGUCAGCAUGUUCUCUCUGUGAGCGCGUAGUUGUUCUUGUGAUGAUGGUUUGUGUGUCAUGUUAUUGCGUUGUGAUUUGCCUCCACCUUUGUUUUUCUUUUGCAUGAAUACCAAAUAAAAAGAGAUUGAAAAAUGACA